AUGGCCUUACAGGCUAUUGGGGCAGCAUGGGUUGUGGAGCAGCCUGUAUCCUCUUUGGUUUGGUACCACCCCAGACUCCGUGCCAUCCUUCGGCGAUUUAACAAGGUCUUUGUGUGCCGAUGGUGGAUGGGCCAUUACUCUGGUUGUACCCCAAAGCGCCACAUUUGCUGGAGCAAUUCCCGCAAGAUUGGUGGUUUGGAUAAGGGGCCUUUGACUAAAGAUGAGAGGCGAGAGAUUGCCCGUACUGGUGUAAAGAGUGCUACAAUCAAGGUCAACAAAAAAGGUCGUAAGACCUAUUCUGGGACAGCCCAACUUCGUGGCACCGGGUGA